UGAGAAUUAAUUGUUGCAAAGAGAAACAUAAGAGUUACUACACUAGUGCUGAGAGAAAAAUGAAGAGUUAAGAAACGGGGAAAAGUGGGAUCGGUACAUAGAAUUGCAAUUACAGAGUAAAAGUUGAAGUAUUUGGAUUUACAUCUCGGGUUUGGAAUUUGAAUGGGUGGUUUCAGACUGAUAAUUCGAAGCGUUCGGAAUCACAAAGUUCGGUAAUUACGCCGGUUUUCCGAUCGAAAUGCCGCCAUCGCUGCCAUCCUUGCCGGUUGAACUCAAAAUUGAAAUCCUCACCAGAUUACCCGUCAAGUCUCUGAUGCGUUUCACUGCAGUAAGUAAGUCAUGGCUUUCUCUCUUUUCGGAUCCCGGAUUCGUCUCAGCACACCUGUCUAAAGGAGCUACCGAACAGUUCUUCUGUGUAACUAAGACCGACCUGAAUACUCGUCGUUUUGCUCUUAUCGAUGGAGAUAAUCUCGACGGCAAUCUCACGCUAGGACCAAUCGUCAAACCUGUAAGGGAAUUCCCGCUUACGUUUUCUCGUUUUUUCAAUCCAAAGAAUUCUGCACAGAUUGAAUUAGUGGGCAGCUUCGACGGAUUGCUUUGCUUAUGCUUUCUCCGUCCAGAUUCUCACCCGUUAAUUAUGCUAUGGAACCCUUCAAUUCGAAGACACUUGGUGUUACCACGUCCCUCCAUUCUUCCUCCUCCAAGGAAAGGUAGUCAUGCAAUCGGUUUUUGUGUGGCCAGCGAUCGCGAUUAUAGGGUUGUGUGGGUCCAUGAGAAGAAUAUGGAUAAUCCUAUGUCUGUUGAAAUCUACUCUCUUAAUUCAGGGAAGUGGCGGAUUCGACGAUUCGAUGAUGAUUUGUUUCCUACUAGGUGGUUGUAUAGUGGUCAGGCUAUCCUACACGGUAGGAUGCAUUGGGUUGGAUUUGAUGAGGAUCUUGGGGAUGACUACAUAUACUUUAGUCAUUCAAUCACUUCAUUUGACAUAGAUGAAGAGAUAUUUAGAGACAUACCCGUCCCGAGAAAGUUAGCAUAUUCUCUAUGGGAUGAAAAAAUAAGUAUUGCUCUAGUUAGAGAGUCACUGGGUAUGAUGGUUUUGUAUGAUCCUUUUAAUUGUGACAUUUGGGUGAUGCAAGAUUAUGGAAAUGUUGACUCCUGGACUUGGUUAUAUAAAAUUGAUUUCACACCAACAUAUAAUGAUUGGCCGAUACCUAUAGUAUACGCAUUAAACACUUGGAAGAAUGAAGGGGUUUUUUCUGGAUCACGUCAAGUCAUAUAUUAUGUGGAUGAUAAGCCGUGCAUUGUGCCGGAUGGGGAAUAUGGUGACCAUCAUCUUUACUAUGUAACUAAGUAUUUGGAGAGCCUUGUUUUGCUUGGAAACAAAGAUGCUGUUGCAGAUGUGCAUUUGCUUCAGGAUGUUGCAGGGAUCAUGGAAGAGGAGAAUGCUGGUGGUGGACAAGCAAUAUAGCCAAGGUUUUACAAACCAUUGGCUUGUUUCUUUCAGGGAAAAAGGUUAAUCAUUUUAUAUCAAGAAUGAAAUUUUGAAAUAUGUAGUCCAUUCUUAGCAAAACAAUACUCCCAUCAGGGACGGCGCCAAGCAUGGAGUUGUGGUGUCAAUUGACACCACUCAAUUUUUUUUAUUUGUAUAUAUGUAUUGAAAAUUUAAAGAAUGAAACUAUAGUUUUUAAAAAUAAGAUCAAUAUAUAAGAAAUGACAUCACAUAUUCUCAGCGUCUACUCUCUUUAUCUAACAUUUUUUAAGUUUGAUUGAAACAAAAAUCAAUAGAAUAAGAACUAUUUUUUUGACAAAUUUGAACCAACCAUGUUAGCAGUUAAAUGGUUAUUUUAUACGUAGUAUACGAAGUAAUACUUUAGUAUAUAUACUCCGUAUAUUUCUUUGUGUUGAUUUAGUUGAUGUAUAAAUACUAAACAUGAAUUCAAUAUUAUUGAAUGAUCGAGUAAAAUGAACACGAGAAAUUUAAUUGAUACCGAUGUUCUAAGUAAUUCCCACAAAACUAUAAAGGGGUCGUAUUUUUAAGAGUUAAAAUAUAAAAAUUACUUAUGUAUUAAUAUUUUUAUGCUUUAUUGUUUUUAUAAUAUUACUUUAGUUGUUGACACCACUGAUAUUACAGUCUAGCUCCGUCCCUGUCUCCCAUGGUCCUAAUGUAUUUGUCAUUUUGAAAAGUGCACACCUUGAUUUGUAUUAUGACAUGAAAUUUCUAUCUCUAUGAGAGUUUAACAUUAAAUUCUUAUUAUAUCCCUUUCCAGGUAUUAUAGCAUUUAAUAAGAAAAAGUCAAUCUGGGCAAAUCUGGGAGAUAAAUACAAAAUGUGCAUUAAACGUUUAAAACAUCAAUUGUUUUAGCAGGUUUUUUGGCUUAUACAACAAAAUAAUUUAGGACAGAAGUAAAAAUUAGUAUAAAUAGGAGUUUUUCAUUUCGAAUUUGGGACAUUAGUAUAAAUAAACAACUCACAUAAUGGCAUCUCCUUUAGUUGAUAGUUAUUGUUUGGUAGCAUUGAUUUUUCUUUAGUUUGUGUCUGCAUCUGUCAGUUUUUUCUGGGGAUGCAUUUUGUAGUCCAUAAGUCCAUAUUUUUUUCUUCAAAUUAAAAUGUUGAAGCAAGACCCUGAGUCUGUAGUACCUGGAUCUCUGUGACUCUGUUAUUCUUGACUUGCUAUAUUUUCUGCACUUCAAUGGCAGAGAUUAAUAUUACGUCAAAUGGUAUUAGAUGUAAGCACCAUCAAAGAUGGGAAAUUGCAAACUGUAAAUUUUAGAAUACCAUAAAUGAGUUCAUGAUGCCUCUAAGAUGUAGAGUAGAGCUUUUGCUAUGAUAGAAGCAUAGUUGUUCUCAUGUAGUCCAUGCUAUGGUGGCAGUGCUUAAUGUAUUAUUGCGUUGUACCAAUAUCAUGUUUGGUUUCUUGUUAUAUGAUAUGGAUAUGCUUAAAUAUCUCUGUCUGCAUAGAUUUUCAACAAAUGCCUAUCUGUUCCAUUUUGUUUUGGACCAUUUGUUAGGCAUGUGGUAUUAGAGCUGUUUCCUUCAUUGGAUUUGAUGGCCACAACUAUAUAAGAGGAAGAUGCAAAAGUUCAUUCAAGCCGUCAGAAGUUUUUUUGCAUCACGGUAGGAAGUUCCACCAAACUGCUAGAAGUAGCAGGGCUUGUUAGCUCUCUCAUGGUUUUUGCAUUGGGAUUUAGUAACGGUUAGCUGUCACAAAACGUCACGAUAUUGAAGAGAGGCUCUCGGGAUUUGGUACUUCUAGCGCUAUUUAAUGAGAGUUCAAACAGCGCUAUUUUCAAACUGUACCAUCAUCGACUUAUGACUUCGUUGAUGUAAUCAUCUCCUGUAAAAAACUCUGCCUUGAUUCUUCUUAUCAUGGUUGGUGUAAACUGUAAAGUAUGACAUAAUGUCUCCUUGUCCUUGGGUCUCGUUGUCACCAUUUUCUUCUUAUCGUUGCCGAAUAUAAUUGUUUUGAUGAUUUCGCAGGAUAUGAAAGAUUGAUGAUUCUGUCA